AGCGGACCGCAUUACGGUACGACGUUCUAUAAAGUUUCCGACAUCAUCGCGUUUCUACGGACGUAUACUUAUAGAUCAGCUGCUUUGUUAAACAAAUGCGGCGUGAAACGAGUUUGGGUGUCCAGGUUGGGUUGCAGGUUUUUGUGUAGACUGAAAUGGAGAAGAAAGACUUGAAUAAGUGGCCUGAGGGAGAAUCCCGGUUUGGUUCCUCGUGUAGAUGUGUUACAUUAGCAGCCAUACUGAUUCUUCUCAUCAUCGGGGGUGCUGUGGGCUUCAUGACAGCUUACUUAUUAGCAGAGGAACAUUAUUUUAUGGAAACAGUGGAAUUACAAGGCCUCAGUUACGAAGCAGAGUUGCAAGACAAAACAUCAGGAUUUUCUAUAAUUCUGUCUUCAACUCUAAAAGCAAAGAUCAAAAGUAUUUUUAGCUCCUCUUCAGUGGCCAACCAUUUCACAGACUGCCAGAUAGUUGCAUAUGGGAAUAUCAACGGGGAUGUGAUGACCACUUUUCGUUUGGUCUUUCGGGUUGCCCAAGCCCAGGGGUUCACCGAGAACUUCAUUCAAGACCUUCUUCGCUCUGGGCUAAAGGCGAUGUUGAACGGGAAGCCCAUCGUUGUGCCGGAAUACGGAGAGAUCGAGAGCAUCAUUCUUCUCGGGGCAAGUGGAAAGUCCUUCUAUGAAAUCGGCAAUGACAUAAGUAAAUGUCCUGUAAACACGUUCACAUGCGACAACGGCGAGUGCGUCACAAAGCUCAACCCUGAGUGUGACUUCAUAUCUGACUGUGUAGACGGUUCAGAUGAAGCUUACUGCUCCUGUGGAACACGUCCAGCCAUGGGUAACCGUGUCGUGGGGGGUGAGAACACUCGUCAUGGGGAGCUACCCUGGCAGGUCAGUCUCCGGCUGCGUGGGCGCCAUACCUGCGGUGCGUCGAUCGUCAACGAGCGUUGGCUCGUCAGCGCCGCUCACUGUUUUGAAACAGAGUACAACUCGAGCGAUUGGACAGCGUUAGUGGGAGCCAAUCUGGUCAGCGGGGAGGAAGGAGAAGCUACGGUGAUCAACAUCAAGUCCCUGAUCGUCUCUCCGGACUACGACCCCAUGACCACUGACAGCGAUGUGACCGUACUGGAGUUGGAAACGCCUUUGAGACUCAACCCUUACGUUCAGCCAGUCUGCAUCCCAUCCUCCUCUCAUAUGUUCAGUCCGGGACAGAACUGCAUCGUGUCUGGUUGGGGAGCGCUCAGUCAAUACACAAAUGAGGUGCCUAAUACAUUACAGAAAGCAAUAGUGAGAGUAAUCGAUUCAAAAGUUUGCAACAAAUCAACGGUUUACAGAGGAAGCAUUACAAACAACAUGAUGUGUGCCGGUUUUCUUCAAGGGAAGGUGGACUCCUGUCAGGGAGAUUCUGGGGGUCCUCUGGUAUGUGAGGUGGCCCCCGGACGUUUUUUCCUAGCGGGCGUGGUGAGCUGGGGCGUGGGAUGCGCUCAGAUCAACAAGCCUGGGGUUUAUUCCCGCAUCACCAAACUCAGAAAUUGGAUCCUGAGCCACACGGACUCCAAGACGGUUCACGUCGUCCCCACGGUCCCCAGCGUCGCGACCACUGGCGCUCACCUUGUUAAAGCGAUGAAACCAUCGCCAGGUGUUUACAGUAAUGACUUUCACCCUGCACCCGGGAAUUGCAGUGGGAAUUACAACUGUGGCGGAGGAGAGUGUAUCAGCAAGAUAAACCCUGAGUGUGAUGGAGUCGCUGAUUGCUCCAAUGAGGCGGAUGAGAAUAACUGUGUCUGUGGCCGUCGUCCAGCAGUUGGCCAGGAGAGGAUUAUUGGAGGCGUCACUGCUCGGAGAGGCGAAUGGCCUUGGGUGGGCAGUCUGCAAUACCAGCGUGCCCAUCACUGUGGAGCUACACUCAUCCACUGUAAAUGGCUCGUGACUGCAGCUCACUGCUUCAGAGGCGAUCUGAAUCCCGCCGGCUGGACGGUGAGUCUCGGCUCCGUCAUCUGGUCUGGAGUGGGCGCACUAGCCAUUCCAGUGCAACGGAUCGUCCCCCAUCCUGGUUUCAAUAGAACCAACAUGGACUUCGACGUGGCCCUGGUGGAGAUCUCCAUCCCGGCUCCGCAGUCCUACACCAUCCAGAGCGUGUGCUUGCCAUCACCUGUGCACAGCUUCACGAAAACGAUGGAAUGCUACAUCGUCGGAUGGGGGGCGGUUAGGGAAGACGGGAUGCUAACCACCUUGCUGCAGAAGGCACUGGUUGGCGUCAUCGAUCAUUCGGAUUGUCAGACAGCUUACGGUGCUAAACUUACCAACAACAUGAUGUGCGCUGGAUCAAUGGAAGGUGCUAGGGACACAUGCAUGGGUGACUCAGGGGGUCCUCUGGUGUGCCGGGAGCCCCAGGGUCGGUGGUUUUUGGCUGGGGUGACCAGCUGGGGUCACGGCUGCGGUCGAAUCGGCUUCCCGGGGGUUUACAUACGUGUUACAGCUGUCCGAGAAUGGAUAUCUACAUACCUCCCUUUUUAAAUAUGAUGGACUUGAUGCGAGUCACAGCCAACUGGA